AUGCUCGACCUCACUAACUAUGUUGCCUUGGUUGCCCGGGGCACCCAUUCACACUUUGCCCAGAACAAAGUUGUGAUUUGGGACGACCAGAACAACAAGAAGGGCUUGCACAUUAGCCUCGUGCAGCCCAUUCGAGGAGUGCUCCUCGGUCCUCUACUCGGCCAGCGACACGUCGUCAUUGUUUUACAGGACAGCAUUCGUCUUCACACUUUCAACAAGAAGCCAGAGUUUGUCACACAGUACGAAACUACAUACAACCCGCUCGGUCUCUGUUGUAUGUCCGACAGGCUCCUCGCAUUACCAGGGAACACAUCCGGACACGUCCAGCUAGUUGACCGAGCAAUCAAGACGGUGAACAUAAUCCCGGCGCACAACUCUGCUUUACGAGCACUGCAAAUGAGCCGCGAUGGCGAACUUCUGGCCACGGCGAGUGACAAGGGCACGCUAAUCAGGAUCUGGUCGACAAAGACGCGUGCGAGGGUGGCCGAGCUGCGUCGCGGUGUUGAUCCCUCCACGAUUUUCCACCUGGCUUUCAAUCCAUCAGGCACCAUGCUGGCUUGCACAUCAGACAAGUCAACAUUGCACAUAUUCGAUGUUCCGCACCCAAAUCUGAAUAUGGCGCCCGCCUCGGACCAAGACGGCGAGUCUUCUACGUCAAAGGAUGACAAGGGGAAAUGGGGUUUCUUGGGCAAGGUGCCAUUCAUGCCAAGGGUCUUCUCCGACACGUACUCAUUCGCCAGUGCCAUGUUUGAAUCGAGAGAAGACCUCGUCAGCAGCAUGUCUAAGCCGCAGCAAGGUGUUAUCGGAUGGAUUGACGACAACACAGUAGUCGUUGUCGGUGCCGGACGUGAUUCCAAGUGGGAGAAAUUUGUGAUUCGCAAACCUCAUGAAACACCAGACGGGAAGCGUGACUGCGUGCGUGAGGGCUGGAAACGCUGUCUGGGAGGCACUAGGUAG